UAACCGUGAGAUACCAGGAACCUGUGAACUUUGUAAAAGUAAACGCAGCCUGUUCUAACCACUCCAAUCUGAAAAUGUUAAAAAUGCUCAGAAACGUGCUUCUGUUUCAAGUUUUGUUUGUGGUAUGCACUUUGUCAAUGCAAACUCCGAGCACCUGUGAAAAUUUGCAUGACUUCUACAAUAUUGAGUCUCCGGGAGAUAUCAUCAUUGGAGGUCUCUUUGCAGUCCAUGUCAAGAUUGAAAGUUCGGUGGAUCUGAAAAAACCCGAGGGUCAAACAUGUAAAGGGUUUGAUGUGCGAGGUCUGGUAAAAGUUCUUGCCAUGAUCCACUCCAUAGAGAAGAUAAACAAUUCAACUCUCUUACCUGGAAUUAAACUGGGAUACAAGAUAUAUGAUACCUGCACGGAGCCGACAAUGGCUUUGAGAGCAGUCAUGAAGUUUCUUUCUAAAGCCAACUCGUCAGACGACUGUGUUGAAGUGCGCUGCAAUUAUACAGAUUACUUGCCAACAGUUAAAGCAGUUAUAGGACCUGCUACAUCAGAAGUUAGCAUUUCCGUAGCACGGUUGUUGAACAUAAACCUUAUGCCUCAGAUCAGCUACUCAGCUUCUGCAAAAAUUCUGAGCGAUAAAACUCGAUUUCCUUCAUUCAUGAGAACUAUUCCAAGUGACACCUUUCAGUCUAAAGCCAUGGCCAUGCUGGUUCAAACCUUUGAGUGGAAUUGGGUGGGAACUAUUGCAAGUGACGAUGACUACAGUCGGUCCGGAAUAGAUAGCUUCAUUUCCGAAGCUGAGCUCCUGGGUGCAUGCAUUGCUUUCCAAGAAAUUAUUCCAUUUUAUUCAUCUGAUCAGAUAACAACCUCCCGGAUAAAAGAAGUGGCAAAAACUAUCAUCAACCGAACGCGAGUGAAUGUCAUUGUUAUGUUUGCUAGAGCCUCCCAUGUCGUUGAACUGUUUGAAAUAUUAAAUACUCACAACGUAAGUAAAAUUUGGAUUGCCAGUGACAGCUGGUCAAGCAACAAUAAUAUCACUCGCAUGGAGAAAAUUCAGAACAUUGGGAAUAUUAUUGGAUUCACAUUUAAAAGUAGAAAUAUUUCAAAAUUUCGAGAUUACGUGAAAAAAUUGUCAUUUAAUUCGGCAGGUGUUAACACAUUUCUGAAGAAGUAUUACAUGCUUUAUAACUUUUGUACAGCCGAGCAAAACGAAGAUCUAGACUCAUGUAUUUCAGAUGCAAAAUACCCGCUCAAAUAUAAUGAACAUCAGAAUAUGAGCAAUAGCAAGGAAUUGCAAUACCUGGAAAAUGACUUUCUCGUGAAUAAUAUUGAAGCAGGUGUUACUUCCAGCAUUCAGUGGUCAGUGUAUGCUCUUACACAUGCGCUUCAAAAUCUGUUAAAAUGCAGUGAAGGAAUUUGCCAUAGAUCAUCAGACUUUGCACCAUGGGAGUUAUUGCAAGAACUGAAGAAAGUGAACAUAACUGAAGAGGGAAAUAGAAUCCAAUUUGAUUCUUUUGGAAAUUUUAUCUCUGGAUAUGAUAUCCUCAUGUGGAAACCCAUCAAAGACAAAAUGGCUCUUGGUCACAUAAUUGCAGAAUAUGAUAUACAGACGAAUAAAUUUAUAAUUAAGGAUUUACGUUUCAAUAACUUCAAGAAUGUGGUAUCAAAAUGCUCUAGCCCCUGCCAACUGGGACAACUGAAACUGUCAUCAGAAGGUCAACACACAUGCUGCUAUGAUUGUGUAAACUGCAGUUCCGAUACGUUCUCCAAUACAACUGAUGCGCAGCAGUGUUUCCAUUGUUCUGAGGAUGAAUGGGCUCCAACUGGAAGUGCCUCAUGCAACAAAAAAGACAUUAUGUUUCUUAAACGGACAAAUGCAUUUUCCAUAGUAUUGCUAAUCUUUUCAGCCCUUGGAAUAGUUUUAAUCUUGGUCAUAAUUGUUAUCUUUAUCAAGAACAUCAACACACCAGCCGUUAAAUCCAAUGGCGGUAUCUUAUCGAUUGUUAUGCUCUUGUCUUUGAUGCUGAGCUUUACAAGUGUCUACUUUUUUCUUGGAAAGCCAAAUAAUGUAACCUGCAAAUUCAGGCAGUGUUUAUUUGGCAUCAGCUUCACUCUUUCUGUUUCAUGCGCAUUGACAAAAUCCCUUGCAAUACUCUUCGCAUUUAACUUUAACCCAGCUAAUCAAAAAUAUUUGAAGAAUUGUUAUAAUCCAUGGCUCAUCAUCGGUAUUUGCACGGGAUUUCAGGUUAUCAUUUGUGCACUGUGGUUAAUUUUUAAUGCUCCAAGAGCUGACAGGGAUGUUAGAAGGCUCCCAAAAGAGAUUUUACUGGAAUGCAUUGAGGGUUCUGAUGUAGCUUUUGCUGUUAUGUUGGGGUACAUAGCUCUCCUUGCCCUGAUUUGCUUUAUAUUUGCCUUUAUAGGUAGAAAGCUGCCAGAAAAUUACAAUGAGGCCAAGUUUAUUACAUUUAGCAUGCUGAUUUAUUUCAUUUCAUGGAUUACUUUUGUACCUGUCUAUGUAACCACUAAAGGUCAGUUUCUGCCAGCUGUGGAAGUGGUGACAAUUUUAUCUUCCACCUAUGGGAUAUUAUGCUGCCAGUUUUUCCCUAAAUGUUAUAUCAUUUUGUUUAAGAAAGAAUAUAACACUGCCAGUUCAUUUUUGAAAAAUCUUUAUGACUUUUCACUGAAAAGUUCAAAGACUAUUUGUCAACACCAAAUUUCUGCACAAUCCUCAUUGAGCUCUCUUCCUCACUUGUCCAUCAAACAUGACAGCUUCCAAAAGUCAGAUAACAUAAAUCGUAAUUCUUUCAUCGAGAGCAACAGAAUGAAAUGGAUUCCAAGGAAGCGAUUUUCCAGUUUAUAGUUGUUCAAUUGAUGAAACAGAUUUCCACUCAAAAUAUUCAAUCCAUAUUGAGGGAUAGCUAUCUAGAUUUGAACGUAUAUUGAGGUCUUUUUAAUUUUUGGCCACCGUAGCACUAAUGCACUUUGUUACUUUUGAGCACUGGAAGCUCAAGGUGAUGGUUUAUACAAACUAUGUAUUGUAUCUUUGUGAUGGAACAACAUAUUAGAUAAAGAUGAGUACCAAUUCAAGAUGUUCAUUAGCAUUCUCUCCAGAUUACUUACGUUAGUCAAAAAGUAGACUUUGGCUUCCAUUAUCCACAACUAAAGAACAGGGUAUCAUCAGAUCAUCUCAGGGCAGCACAGAGGCACAGCGGUAGAGUAGCUGCCUCACAGCACCAGAGACCCGGGUUCGAUCCAGACUACAGGUUAUGUCUGCAAGGAGUUUGUACGUUCUCCCCAUGACCCAUGUGGGUUU